AUGUCCCGCACCUUUGGACUCACGUCGUCGAGAGGCGGAGCCAGCAACACACGAAGCAGAGGCACAUUCCGGAAACGCGGCGGCGGGUCCGGGUCGUUGUACCGCAACCCAAAGGAGCAGGCCGUCGCCGCCGCAUCGGCGCAGCUCACCAAGGGCAUCGACGAUGGCUCGGCCGUCGAGGAGCGCUUCCAGGAGGUCAAAGACCGGGACGAGAUCGACGAGAAGCUCGGCUUCUCCCGGAUAGAGGAGGGGCAAACGAGGCAGGCCUGGCUCGUCAACAUGCACCCGACGCUGGUCCGCGACCCGGACCACAGCACGGGCCGGAGCGGCGUCGACUUCUACUUUAUCCAGGACGACGCCAGCAUGUUCAAGGCCACCGUCCUCUUCCAGCCCUACUUUCUCGUCGGCUGCCGCGCCGGCACCGAGUCGGUCGUCGAGGAGUGGGCGCGGAGACGGUACGAGGGUCUGAUCCAGUCCAUCGAGCGCGUCCGCAAGGAGGACCUCAAGCUGCCCAACCACCUCGUCGGCAACCAGCGGCUCUACCUCAAGCUCAACUUCCUCAACGUCAACGACCUCCUCGCCGUGCGCAGGGAACUGCUGCCGCUUGCGCAGGAGGCGCAGAAGAAGCUGUCGGCCGUUGACACGUAUGCCGACGUGCUCAACGCCGCCGCCACCGCCGCGGCGGCGGUCGAGAUCGAGAUGGACGACGACAGCAUGGGCGGCGCCAGCUAUGCGCCCGGCGAGGACGGCUGGACCGGCGGGCCCAAGAAGCGCAGCGGCCACCAGGGGCUCGAGGCGUCCGAGUGCAUCAACGACAUCCGCGAGUACGACGUGCCCUACCACCUCCGCCUGGCCAUCGACAAGGGUAUCCGCGUCGGCUUCUGGUACGAUGUCAGCUUCGCCGCCGGCGUCGUCAAGCUCACCCACGUGCCCGAGCGCAUCAAGCGUGCCGACCCCGUCGUCAUGGCCUUCGACAUCGAGACGACCAAGCAGCCGCUCAAGUUCCCCGACGCCGAGACCGACGUCAUCAUGAUGAUCUCGUACAUGAUCGACGGCCAGGGCUACCUGAUCACCAACCGCGAGAUUGUCAGCGAGGACAUCGACGACUUUGAGUAUACGCCCAAGGCCGAGUACGAGGGACCCUUUCUCAUCUUCAACGAGGCCGACGAGUACGCGCUGCUACAGCGCUUUUUCCAGCACUUCCGCGAGGCGCACCCGACCGUCGUGGCCACCUACAACGGCGACUCGUUCGACUUCCCCUUUAUCGAUGCGAGGGCGUCGGCGCACGGCUUGUCGAUGCUGAGCGAGAUCGGGUUCGCCAUCGACGCCGAAAAGGAGUACAAGUCGCGCGCCUGCGCCCACCUCGACUGCUUCCGCUGGGUCAAGCGCGACUCGUACCUCCCGCAGGGCAGCCAGGGCCUCAAGGCCGUCACCGUCGCCAAGCUGGGCUACGACCCGAUGGAGCUGGACCCGGAGUUAAUGACGCCCUACGCCAUCGAGCAGCCGCAGACGCUGGCCCAGUACUCGGUCUCGGACGCCGUCGCCACCUACUACCUCUACAUGAAGUACGUUCACCCGUUCAUCUUCAGUCUUUGCAACAUCAUCCCGCUCAACCCGGACGAGGUGCUGCGCAAGGGCUCCGGCACGCUGUGCGAGACGCUGCUGAUGAUCCAAGCCUACGAGGGCAACAUCGUCAUGCCCAACCGCCACACGGACCCGGUGGGCAACACGUACAAGGGCCACCUGCUCGAGUCCGAGACGUACGUCGGCGGCCACGUCGAGGCGCUCGAGGCCGGCGUCUUCCGCAGCGACAUCGAGACCGACUUCAAGGUGGAGCCCGAGGCGGUGCAGAAGCUGAUCGACGACCUGGACGCGGCGCUCAAGUUCAGCAUCGUCGAAGAGGGCCGGCUGUCGCUCGACGACAUCACCAACUACGACGAGGUCAAGGCCGAGAUCCAGCGCAUGCUCGAGGUGAUGCGCGACGCGCCGCUGCGCAAGGACCCGCCGCUCAUCUACCACCUCGACGUGGCGGCCAUGUACCCCAACAUCAUGCUUUCCAACCGGCUGCAGCCGGACUCGGUCGUCAGCGAGGCCAUGUGCGCCACGUGCGACUACAACCGGCCCGGCAUGAAGUGCGAUCGGCGGAUGAACUGGGCGUGGCGUGGCGAGUACUUCCCCGCCAAGCGCGACGAGGUCAACAUGAUCAAGAACGCCCUGUCGAGCGAGACGUUCCCGCCCAAGUUUGCCGGCGGCCCGCGCAGGACGUUCGACGACCUCGGCCAGGCGGAGCGGACGGCGCUGCUGCACAAGCGGCUCGGCGACUACAGCCGCAAGGUCUACAAGAAGACGCACGAGUCCAAGACGGUCGUCCGCGAGGCCGUCAUCUGCCAGCGCGAGAAUCCAUUCUACAUCAACACGGUGCGCGACUUCCGCGACCGCCGGUACGAGUACAAGGGGCUGCACAAGACGUGGAAAAAGAACCUCGACCAGGCCGCGUCGCUCAACGAGACCGUCGAGGCCAAGAAGAUGAUCGUCCUCUACGACUCGCUGCAGCUGGCGCACAAGUGCAUCCUCAACUCGUUCUACGGCUACGUCAUGCGCAAGGGCGCGCGCUGGUACUCGAUGGAGAUGGCCGGUGUCACCUGCCUCACGGGCGCCACCAUCAUCCAGCUGGCAAAGGACCUCGUCGACCGCAUCGGUCGCCCGCUCGAGCUCGACACCGACGGCAUCUGGUGCAUGCUGCCCGGCGUGUUCCCGGAGAACUUCGAAUUCCGGUGCCGCAACGGCAAGAAAUUCGGCAUCUCGUAUCCGUGCACCAUGCUCAACCACCUGGUGCACGAAAAGUUCACCAACCACCAGUACCACGACCUCGUCGACAAGGAGAGCGGCCGGUACGAGGUGCGCAGCGAGAACUCGAUCUUUUUCGAGCUCGACGGGCCGUACCGCGCCAUGAUCCUGCCCUCGAGCAAGGAGGAGGACAAGCUGCUCAAGAAGCGCUACGCCGUCUUCAACCACGACGGCUCGCUCGCCGAGCUCAAGGGCUUCGAGGUCAAGCGCCGCGGCGAGCUGCAGCUGAUCAAGGAUUUCCAGAAGCAGAUCUUUGAAAAGUUCCUGCUCGGCACCACGCUCGACGAGUGCUACGCCGCCGUCGCCAAGGUGGCCAACCAGUGGCUCGACGUCCUCUACAGCAAGGGCUCGACGCUCCACGACGAGGAGCUCAUCGACCUCAUCGCCGAGAACAAGAGCAUGUCCAAGACGCUGCAGGAGUACGGCGCGCAGAAGUCGACGGCCAUCACGACGGCCAAGCGGCUGGCCGAGUUCCUCGGCGCCCAGAUGAUCAAGGACAAGGGCCUGGCGUGCAAGUUCAUCGUGUCGGCCAAGCCCUUCGGCGCCCCCGUCACUGAGCGCGCCGUGCCCGUCGCCAUCUUCAACGCCGAGACCAGCGUCAAGCACCACUACCUCAAGAAGUUCCUCAAGGACAACAGCAUCACCGACUUUGACCUGCGCAGCAUCCUCGACUGGGACUACUACAUCGAGCGCUUCGGCGGCGUCAUCCAGAAGCUCAUCACCAUCCCCGCCGCCAUGCAGAAGGUCAUCAACCCGGUGCCGCGCGUCCGGCACCCGGACUGGCUCUUCAAGCGCGUCGCCGCCAAGGAGGACAAGUUCAAACAGAAGAAGCUCACCGACGUCUUCAAGCCGGCCAAGCCCGGGCUCGCCACCGUCCGAGCCGGCAGCGACAAGCCGAUCACCGAGGUCCAGGCCGAGGUGAUCGAGGAGGCGGCCGACGGCAGCCCCGUGGCGAUCGCCGCACCGGCCGACGUGCGUCCCAUCCCCGUGGCCGAGAUCGAGCCAGAGCCGCCGCUGCCGGACAUGGACGACGAUUAUCCCGGAUGGGUCGCCGCGAUGAAGGUCAGGUGGCGCAAGCGCCGGCAGCAGCGCGCCCGGGAGCGCAAGGAGCUGGCCAGCAUGGGCGGCGGCCUCUCUGCGGGCUCGCGCGCGGCCGGCAAGGGCGCGGUCGGCUCGCUGUUUUCGCGCCGGUCGAUGAGCAUGGCCACCGCCACCUGGGACGUGGUGCAGAUCUGCCCGACCAACCGACCGGGCGAGUUCCGCCUGUGGAUCUCGAUCGACCAGCACCUGCAGAGCCUCAAGCUCCGCGUCCCGCGCCAGUUCUAUGUCAACUUCAAGCAGAUGCCCCGCGCCGGCACGUUUGCCGACAGCUACCGCGUCGAGAGCCUGGUCCGCACGCUGCCUCGCGGCGCGCCCUGCCGCCACCUUUUCCGCAUCACGGUGCCCGAAGACGUCUACCUCGAGGAGGAGGCGCACUUCUCCGCCCUCCUCAACCACGCUAACGUCGACGGCAUCUACGAGAUGCGCGUGCCCCUCGAGGUGCGGGCGCUCAUCCAGCUCGGCUCGACCUGCACCAUGAACCGCAGCGGCGGCGCGGGCCAGAACAAGCUCAGCCGCGCCCUCGACGCCGGCUUCGAGCUGGCCGAUCUGGUCAGCCCCAGCUCGGUCGAUCUGCUGCGCCACCGCUACCUCGGCGGGGGCCGCAACCUGCGCUACUUUUACCUCUACCAUGCCAACCGCGACGGGCGCCACGUCUUCGGCCUCUUCACGCCCGAGGGCCAGCUCAAGGUGCACAUUGUCGACUCGGCCGGCCUGCGCCAGCUGCCCAACCUCGAGACCAUGUACGCCGACCGCGUCGCCCACAUGCGCAAGAAGGGCAAGCUGCCCGAGGGAGCGGGCGUCUUCGAGUACGGCGAUGCGCUCGACGUCGAGGUCAAGGUGCACACGACCGAGGCGCGCGCCUUCCGCGCGCUCGGGCGGGAUCUGACCACGCUGCGCACGGCCAAGCAGGGCUCGGCGAUGCUGGCCAUCUGCACGUCCAAGGACCAGCAGUACUACGAGGCCAAGAUGAGCCAGGUGGCCGAGCUGCCGAUCAUCACGAUCCCGGCGGCCCGCCUCGAAGACGAACUGCCGGCGCUCGGCUGGCAGCUCUACAGCGCGCGCCGGAUGUUCAACUGCUACUUCCGCACGUCGCUCUGGAUCAGCCGCUGGAUCGAGCUGGCGACCCACUUUGACGUGCCGCUGUGCAACGUCGAGCGCGACUUUGCCGUGUUUGGCAGCGACAUUGACUUUGCCCGGCGGCUGGUCAAGCAGGACAUGGUGCUCUGGUGGUCCGACAACCCGCAGCCGGACCUCGGCGGGCGCGAGCAGGACAUCAACGCGCUGCAGCGGUGGGACGAGCGCGAGGGCCUCGAGAUCUCGCACGCCGGCUGCUUUUCCAACGUCUGCCUCGAGGUGGCGCUGACGGACCUGGCGGUCGACGCCGUGCUGCAGUCGGGCUCGGUCAACGAGAUGGAGGGCAGCGGUGCCGGAUCGAUGGCGUUCGACACCUCGUCGCACAACCUCGACGAGUACAGCCGCGGCACGGUCGAGUCGUCGACGGUGCUGGGCGACUCGGUGCUGACGUCGCAGGUCUUCACCGCCGUCAAGGCCAUGGUCAAGGCGUGGCACGUCGACAAGGCGCGCGGCCGCUCUCCCUACAGCUCGCUGCUGUCGGACAACUUCUGGCGCUGGGCGUCCAACAGCACCUCGGCCAUGUUUGAGCCGGCGCUGCAGCGCUUCCUUCACGACCUGAUGAAGAAGACGCUUCUGCAGCUGCUGGCCGAGUUCAAGCGGCUCGGCGCCAGCAUCGUCUAUGCCAGCUUCAACCGCCUCUUCCUGCUGACCAACAAGCCGACCGCCGGCAGCGCCGCCGCCUACGCGCGCUACCUGAUGAGCGCCGUGACGAGCCGCGAGCUGUUCAAGCACAUCCGCCUCGACCUGGUCCACUACUGGGAGUACCUGCUAUGGAUGGACACGGCCAACUUUGGCGGUGUCUGCGCGGACCCCGAGAGCCCCGAGGAGCUGCCGGCGUCGUUCAGCGUCGAGAUGAACUGGAACAUCCAGACGUUCCUGCCGCCGGCGCUGCAGGAGCGCUUCAGCAAUGCCGUCGGCAGCUUCAUCUUCCAGCUGUACGAAAACAAGCGGCGCGCCCACACCGACGGCCUGCUGGACCGCACGCCGCUCAAGCAGAUCCAAAAUCCUCCCGCGGCCAACGGCGACGGCGGCGGCGGCGGCAGCGGCAGCGGUAACGGCAACGGCAACGGCGGCGAGGCCGAGCUGCCGAGCUCGACUGCCCUGCAGCCGGUGGAUCCGGUCAAGGCGAGGGAGUCCAAGUUCUCCAAGGAUCUAAUCAACCACAACAUGACGCGCAAGCUGCUGCGGGUGGUCGAGGAGGUCAAGAAGGACAUGGCGCGCGGCACGGCCGAGAUCAGUGCGGCCACGGCGGCCGAGGAGGACGACGAGUACAUCGACAUGCUCUCGACGCAGCACAAGGCGCGGUGGAGCUUCCCGGAGCUGCCGGGUGCGAGCCACGUCAAGAUGACGUCGCCGCUGCUCGAGUUUGUCAAGAGCGUGACGGCGGUGCUGGCGCUGUCCAAGGAGCACGCCGUCGAGGCGCAGGUGUGCAAGCGCAACCUGCUCGACCUGAUCGGGGUGCGCGAGUUCAGCACCGAGGCAGAGUGGCGCAACCCGUGCGAGCCGUUCCGGCUGCCGCUCGUCAUCUGCCAGUUUUGCAACGACGAUCGCACCCUCGACCUGUGCCGUGACGCCGACCUGAUGCCGUCGGAGCCGGGCAAGCGGCGCGAGUGGCGGUGCAGCAAGUGCUCGUUUCCCUACGACCGCACCGCCAUCGAGACGCGGCUGGUCGACAUCGCCCACGGCUACAUUGCCUCGUUCACGCUCCAGGACCUGCGGUGCAACCGGUGUGGCGUGCUCAAGGACGACUCGCUGCAGCCCCACUGCGACUGCUCGGGCAGCUACGGCCUCAUGGUGACGCGCAAGGAGACGGUGCGCAAGCUCAGGAACCUCCAGGCCAUUGCGUCGUUCCACGCCCUCGAUCUGCUCCGCGGCGCCGUCGAGGCGCUCCUCGUCGCCGUCUGA